GUGGGCAUCGCCGGCCACAGCAACUGUUGGGUCACCCUGUGUGCUGCCGACACUCUCCGUCCAGCACUUCUAGACUUCCUGGUCGAGCUCUUCUUCCGGCUUCGCAAAGUCUUGCUGGGUGCGCAGGAGCAUGCUGGAGAACGCGACAUCAUCUUCGAAGGCAUUCGGCUGAAGCCACGCCGUGCAGUCCCGAGUGUCAUCCUGGUCAGCGCCGUCCCCCUGGAGGGCUUUGCAUCCAUUUUGCGCCCGUUGGCGGUCGUGGCCCCCGAUAUACAUCGCAUCAUGGAGGUCGGACUUCUGGCUGGCGGCUUCGAAGACCGCGUGGUGACACGGACGGCUCGGCGGAUUGCAUCUCGGCUGCGUGAAGUGAACUUCCUGAAGGUGUGUGCCAGAGGUUUGUGA